AUGAACCUUCACUUGGUCUCCUUUCUCAGCCACUGCUCUUCCCUGAAGCACAUUCGUCAAGCUCACGCCUUUAUGGUUCUCACUGCUCUUCAGAACGACAAUGUAAUCUUUGCCCACUUCAUCCAAGCUUGCUCUUCUCUCGGCCAUUCCACCUACGCCUACAUGGUUUUCAAUCACAAGAAACCGAAGCCCAACAUUUAUCUUUACAACACCAUGAUCAACGUUCUCUCUCCUUCACUCGCCAUAUCCCUCUACAACAACAUUUUUGCCACCGGUUUGCGACCAGACACUUAUUCUGUUCCCUGCGUUUUGAAGGCUGUGAUUCGGCUCUCUGCAGUUGACGUCGGUCGUCAGAUUCAUUGUCAAGUUAUAGGAACUGGGUUGGACUCGGAUGUUUGUGUGGGUACUUCACUCGUUCGGAUGUAUUCUUUUUGUGAAUGUGUUUUGGAUGCCCGGAAAGUGUUUGAUGGAAUGAGCAUGAGAGAUGUGGCGCUCUGGAAUGCCAUGGUCACAGGUUAUGUUAAGGUGGCUGAUGUUGAUAAUGCAUGGAAGGUCUUUAAACGAAUGCCUGAGAGAGAUUUGAUUUCGUGGACUUCGGUGAUUGCCGGGUUUGCUAAGAUGAAGAGGCCAAAAGAGGCUGUCAUGGUGUUUAGACGAAUGCAGCUUGAGAAUAUGGAGCCUGAUGAAGUUACAAUCUUGGCUGUAAUUUCUGCUUGUGCUCAUUUGGGUUCAGUAGUGUUGGGGGAGAGGAUCCAUAACUAUAUGCAGAAGCGUGGAUUUUCUGGAAAGCUUCAUCUUAAUAAUGCACUCAUUGACAUGUAUGCAAAGUCAGGCAACAUAAGAAAGGCACUAGAUGUUUUUCAAAGUAUGAAACAGAGAAGUGUCGUAACUUGGACAACAAUGAUGUCUGGGCUAGCUCUUCAUGGUCUUGGAAGAGAAGCAAUUGAAAUGUUUUCUCAAAUGGAAAGUGCUCUAGUUAAGCCUAAUGAAAUAACUUUUAUUGCCAUUCUUUCUGCUUGUAGCCACGCUGGGUUAGUUGAAAUGGGGCGCUGGUUCUUCAGCAACAUGGCCUCAAGAUAUGGAAUUCAAUUGAAAGUUGAGCACUAUGGGUGCAUGACUGAUUUACUGGGGCGGGCUGGUUAUCUUCAAGAGGCAUGUGAACUUGUUAAGGGAAUGCCAUUUCAAACGAAUGCAGCAAUAUGGGGAUCUCUUCUUGCUGCUUCCAAUAUACAUGGUGAUGCUGAACUUGGAGAGCAUGCAUUGCAGCAACUUAUGAUGUUGGAGCCCCAGAAUAGUGGAAAUUAUACUCUUUUGUCUAAUAUAUAUGCUGCUUCUGGUAGCUGGGAUGAAUCUGGGAUGAUAAGGAAGGUCAUGAGAGAUACAGGUGUUAAGAAGAUGCCCGGUGGAAGUUCCAUUGAAAUCAACAACAGAGUUCAUGAAUUUAUUGCAGGAGAUACAUCACAUUCGGAGAUGUAUAAGAUUUAUGAAGUUUUAUAUGAUAUAUUCAAUCAGUUGAAGGUUGCUGGGCAUCUUCAGAAGGAAAGAGAUGAGCUUCUUACAUUUGAUGAGUGAAUUGGAUUUAAUAAAUUUAAUUCGCAAAACGUUUACCACUCGAUCCGUUUUAGUCAGAGGGUGCAUGAAGAAUAUAAAGGCCUUUGCUUCCUGAACUGAAAAAAAUGAUUCCAACUUGUGUUGAGAAAUGGAACUUGAAUGUACAUAUGAUCAAAAGCCCUUACCGCAUUUCAUGGUUUGGCCAAUAAUUCAGGGAGGUUCCCUUUGAUGUUCAUAUGUUCAAACCAAAUGAAACAAUAUAUAUAUUUAUAAGUGUAAUUACAAAAAUGAUAGAAAAAUUGUUCUAUACACAUACAUUAAUUUAGAUGGCCAAGUUAGCUGAUUUCAAGGAACAUCCAAGGUGCUGGAUAUUCAGCGAUAAUAAUUGUAAUGACGUUUCACGAACACAUUAUGAUGCUACACAGGAGGGCCUUUGUUUGUACCUGUAUCAUUGCCCAUUUGUCUAAGUAGAGGGUUGCUUUUUUGGGCUGAAUGUGAGUUGCUAGGAUAUUGGAAUUAUGCAGCACUGUUUAAAAAAGAAGGGCUCGAAAUCUUCUUCUCAACCACCAUGGCUACUGCUCAAGGGAGAUUUUUUCCCCUGUCUCUGGAUUCGGUUCAUAGGAUUAGGCCGUUGAAAAACUCGUGCUCAAGUCCCAAAUUGUUGAACCCUGAUGCUAGAAGUGCACUGGCCCCAAGUAUCUGAACUUUCCCUAUAAUAUGAUUACAUAUACCUGACCAAAAAUGGAACAAGAGAAAGAUGUCAGGUCAUGUGUUUUGGGAUAAAAAGAGAGCAAAGUUUAUAAAUCAUUUGUUUCUUAUUGAGAUCAAAUCAGAUUUGAGCAGUCAUACUAUAGAGAAUAGGAUCAACAAGCAAGAUCAAACUUGUAUAAAUUUGUGGUCUUACCUAAGACUUCUGUAUUUUGUUGCGGUUUCACUAAUGUCUCGAUCAGCUCCUUUGGGUUCUUAUUAUCUAUGAAUAAGGCCCUUUGUGUUCGCAUAUUAUGUAUACCAGGUCUUGGCCUUGUCUUUUCAUUUAAAUUUUCUGAUAUCUGAUCUAUUGUGUCCAAGUCUUCGCUAUCACUUUCAUAUGUACUUGUCUCUGUAGGCACUUGUGAACACUGUAGCUCUUGUUCUGAUACUGUCAUCUCUGUAAGAAAUUGUGAACACUGUAAAUCUUGUUGUGAUACUGACUCUGUCAUCUCCGUAGGCAAUAGUAAACAUUGUAGGUCUUGUUCUGAUACUGACAUUGAUGAGCCUGAAUCAUCUCUUGUUUCAAACGUACAAUGGGAUAUUUUAGAUGGAGAGAAUUUGCAACAUGAAUUCUUUUCUGGAAAGGUAGUUUCUGGGGAUUGUGCUCUGCCUUCCUUCUGCAUUGUAAAUGUUUGGUUGACCCUGCCACCAUCUUGAUUCAUAUCAUAACAACUUCCCCAGAUUUUGGGUGGAGAACGGAAACUCACAGACUCAGCACGAUGGGACGAUGGCCUUCUUCUUCUUGCAGGGAAUUUCACUUUCUCUUCAGACGUUUGGCUGUCUGCUCCAUAUUUUCUUGUGCUACAAACAGUAGGCUUCAUAAAUCUUGGUAUCCUUGAUAAAGGAGCUUCUUUAGUUUCUGUUGUUUUUCUCCUUGUUGCUUCAAGAUUAUGUUGGUUAAAUUUGCUCAACAAAUGAGAAGCCUCUAAUUGAUCAUUAGAAGAUGGAGCUGUCCCUGUUAGUUUCUGUAAUUCUUCAUUAAACUUUUCAAUCUUUCCUCUGACAUCUUGGCGUUCAUCUUCAAUCAUUUUCAUUUUUUUCUGCAUGUGUGCUAUUGCAAUUUCCUUUUGUGCUCUUUCUUCCUGUUAUUCAAUAUUUCAGUCUAGUGAAUUAGUGUAGCUAAUAAUUUUAAAGACAACAAUAUUUAUAUUUCUUUGGAUGAUGAUCGGAGAGGAUACUCCGAGCAACCAAACCAGGUACUAAUAGUUUGUUGCCUUUAAAGAAAUUAAUGAAAUGCAUUCUCUAAAAUAAUUAGCUGAUAAUAUGAAAGAUUAUCACCUGAUUUUAUAUUAAUAUCUGUUAUGUGUUUGGAACUUUUGUUCUUAUAUUUAUGUAAAAUGUUAUGCCUCAAGAGUUAUUUCGGGUAUAUUAAAAUUUAUUACAUCCUAUUGAGAGUGGUCAAAUAUUAUAUAAGUUUUAUGAGUCAGAUCAGAUCAAAUAUUUAAAGGACUAAAUAUUUAGUUUAGACUUUCAUGCAUGCUUAGUUGAUAUAGUCUAACAAGUUGUGUUUAUAAUAGAUCAAUAUGUACUUCGUUAGAGGAUAACAAAAACCUCCGUUUUGUUUUGACUAAAUUAGACAACACUCUUCAGGUGUUUUUUAGAAACAUCUAGGAUUGAGUGUCUAAUUUAGCCAAUAAACAUAACGAAAGUUCUUUGCAAUUAUCUCUUAUUUGUUUAUACACCUUUGUACAUGAGCUGCACCAUCUUGAGAGAAAGACAUUAUUGCGCAUAUGUAGGAGUAAACACUAAACAGCUUAUCAAAUGAUUAUGUAAAGAGAAAAUAGCUUCGUUUGUACCAUACUGUUUAUGUUACAGGUUUAUAGAAUUAUCUGAAGAGGUCUAAGAAACAGAAUGAUAACUUUUACUUACAUUUGAAUCCAUGUUCCCCAAAUGAAUGCUUCUCACCCUUGUUGCAAAAUUUAAAGAGCACAAUGUCUCGCAUAUAUCUUCUUCCUUUUGACUAACAUGCACUAACAUCAGGGUUUUCGAAUCUUCUCCUGAAAUUGUGAAGAUUACGUAGUCAAGAAAAGAAGCUAGUCAGCAUAGGAAAUUUAAAUGUGAACAAACAACUCUUGCUCAUUGCAACAAAUGAAUCUGUCCAUUUUUCUAGAAUAACCAUUUUCCCUGUACAUCUUCCAGGAUAGUGUUUAAUUACAGUAUAGUCAUGCUUGCUCUCCUUGAAGUGGAGGACCUUGAAAGUAAGAUCAGUACAUCCUCAUUCAUGCAGUAUGUAUUGUAAGUAGAGUUAUUCUAGUAUCUUGAUACCUGUUAAGUUUAAACAGUUCAGUACAUGUUCAAGGGAGGGAAUGAUUACCAAGGGAGUCUUUAAGAACUUGUGUUAGCUUGCUGUUCCUGUUAGAAGCAACAAACAAAUUUCAUUACACUUUGUUUUGUAAUGCUGAAGAACCCAAAUAAAUUGGCAACAGUUGUAUAUAAUUAUUUAAAAAGAACAUAGAAUGCCUGCUCUAAGAAAGUUUGGAAGCUUAAAUAGCUCUUGAAAUCUUGUCAUGUCAACUUUGUAUCAGUCUAGUACUGCAUCUUAGUAUUUUAGUAAAGGAUAUGACCUUAAUUAUAUUUUACUUUUGCAAUUGACGUGUAAUUUAUUUAAAUUGUAUGGAUUAAUGAUUGAGUGAACGUUGCAGUUACCUAUAAGGUACAUGACAAUUUUUCUUUUGAAGUGCAUGGAUGACAUCCCCAAGAGCAGAAAGUGACAAAUUGAUGGCCUUCCCUUCAUCAAGUCUUCUUCCUGAAGCCUUUGUCUUAAGCACGCGCUCACUUCCGCCAAGGUCGACAAACCAUAAUUUAUUUGUUUCUCUGCGCCUCUCAGGAGCAUCAAGACAUGUGAUUGAUAGGCGGAUCAAGCUAGAAAGCAGCAUUAGAAAUCUUCAAUGCUUGGUUGACGUCAGUCACUGGAAUAGCCACAAGGUUGUCAAUGUCAAUCCCUCCCUUAGGAUCUGUUUGGAUUGAGAGACUGUUAUCAGAAGAAUGAACUCAUGUUAGAAACGAUUUAAUGUAUCCAACAAUGGAAGUGUUUAAGAGAGCAGAGGUGCCAAGAAAUUCAUACAAUAUGCAAGAUGAGAGGACCUAUUGACUGAAAAUUGUGUGUAAGAAGCAUAUCAUACUCCACAGUAAUAUAGAUGAAGCAAUAAGUAAAAGCUGAGAGUAACUUUAUUGAAUACAAAAAAAUUUCAAGAGACCUGGCUUCUCUUCUGGAACUAUUGCUUGAUACAAAAUAAGAAUAGGCAUACCACACACUUAUACUCUCAUCUAAUUUAUCCUCCUAUGCUUUCCCAAAAAAGCCGAUUAGAGGAAAUCUUUAGACAAGUCAAUCAGAUAUGUCCUUUUACCUUCCAUUCUCUUGAUCAGUCACAGUCAUGCUGCCACUUACAGAUCAUUGCUACUCAGGUGUGUGACUGAAUCUAUCACAUUAUUUGAUAUAGAAGUUGUUUGAAAUUGGUGUAAACAGGGUUACUCUUUAUAUUGUUUGUUUAAUUUGCAUGUUGGAAAACAUUGUCCCACCCACAUGGAUUAAAUGUAAAAGUAUUGAGCCAUAUAUAAGAACAUGGGCUACUCCACUCAUUGCCAAUUGGUUUUGAGAUGGAACCUCAUGAUUCUCAACAUGGUAUCAGAGCCAUAUCCCUAGCGGGCAUUCGAUCCACACCUAUCCAGAUGGUUAGCCAGCCGCACGAGAUCCAGAUGGUGCAAUGACGCCUGAGAUCCGAACAAAAAUAAGCGAGCCAUUCAAGAUUGGUGAGCAAAAAUAACCACCAUCUUGAGGGGGGAUAUUGGAGAACAUUGUCCCACAUGAAUUAAAUGUAAAAGUAUUGAGCCAUAUAUAAGAACAUGGACUACUCCACUCAUUGCCAAUUGGUUUUGAGAUGGAACCUCAUGAUUCUCAACAUUGCAUUUAAAGGGUAUUAGUUACUUAUGAAAAUUACAUUCCAGUUAUGCCUCAGUUUCUACACAUAGAAGUAAGAUAUGAAAUUAAGCAUUGGCCUAUAUAUUUCUUACACAUGUAUCCCUUUUAAGGUUCAAAAUGUAAUUAUAAAGGUAGAUUGUGGAAGCUUAUGGAAAUAAGGUCAUUAUCUGAAUUUUUCAUGCAUGUGUGCUACCUGAGAUGUUAAUAAAUACGUAUGACUGUGACCUUGUAUUUGUGUAAGCGUGGAUGUGUGUUUACAAUCUCAUGUUAUUAUAAAUCUACACAUACCAUGGUGGCGUAGGAUCCAUUACUUUUGUUGGCUGAGGAACAAGUAAAUCUUUUAGGUUUCCCAGGUAAAUCUCAAGCAUACUGAAUGUGAAGACAUAUACGUGGUUGCUAUCCACUGCCUGUUUAAAAAUUGCCUCCAUUGAACGAGCUACCACUCCCGGAGACUGUGGAAUACCUUCCUACAAUAUAGAUGAUAUAAAACAACAUUAGUUAGAACACCCAAGCACAUAAUUUGAUUGUGUGAUAUCUAGGCCAAUCUGGGUCAUAUAGUAGACUUUCAGACUGAGGUUACUAAGAUCUUCAACUAGUCUAACAUGACUUUUUAAAUGGGUGCAAGCACCAGCACUGUUAUUUUUCCUCACAUUUCCAUGCCCUCUUAUUUUUUACCUUGGAGAAGAGAAUAAAGUUAAUGAGUUCAUAUUUUCAUUGUUAUUCCAUGUGUUAAAACAAUUGACGGAGAGCAUAUUACAGUAAGAGAGGAUUAGUUUCUUGCCAGCACCCCUCUUUCUUGUUUAUUCAUCCAUCUUAAUAAUAUGUCAUAAGCGACUAAUGCUGAAUUGGCAUAAGUAGGAGAUACACACCAUGGUGAAGCUUUUUCCAGUGCCAGUCUGUCCGUACGCAAAUAUACAUGCGUUGUAACCAUCCAAGGCUGAUUUAAUAACUGGCUCUACUUCUGCAAAGACUUCAUCUGAAAUUUCACAUCAAAUUCAGUAACAAGAGAUAAGUACUAUAGUUUGAGAUGAUCAUAGGAAAAGUUGAUGGUCCGUUGAGAGUAUCAUAUAGAAAAACAAUGAAGUACCUUGUGAUGAACCUGGAUGGAAAACCUUGUCAAAGCUGUAAGUUUUACUUUUGUUCUCUGCUAGUUUUAAAACAACAUUACUUGAAUCCAAAGCUGCAACUGCUUUUAACUGGCCAAAGUUCUCUGGAACUGCAAUGGGUCUAAUUCGGCAAAAGACACGAAUGUUCCCUGCGAUGCCAAAUGUGAUAAGUUUUUUUUUUUUCUUGAUUGAAGUAGAAUCAAUGAACAUUUGCUAUGGCUUUGGUUUUCCUUAACAGCACUUUUCAUUGAAAUAUUAUGUUAAAUGAUUUUUUGAGAUAAAGAUGACUAACCUCUCAAAUCUAGAAACUCAUUUAGUACCUGCCUUCUCUGUGUGUUCAGUUGAUUUAUGUAGGCCGUUAAAGCUACAAUUUCAUCUGUUAUAAGAAUAAACAAGGUGAUUCCAGACUGAAGAUCACAUUGCUAAACUAUGAAGAGAAGUUUUUCAAAUGCACAGGUGCUAGAAAUCAACAUCUGAGGGCUUACCUUCAAUUUUCAAAACGGAAUUAUGCAGUUCAUCAUUUUUCUUCUUCAUUGAAUUCUCCAUUACACCAUUUAUCGGUUUUGAAAUGAUAGAUGCACCAUCAGGUGGUGCACUUUUCAUUAUAUCACAAACAGAUUUGACCCAGUUGGAAGUCACAUGUGAUUUCCAUCCUAGUAAAGAAUGAAUUGUUUCAGAAAGUUUGUGAACAGGUUUUCUAGACUCCAUGGUCUUGUCUUCUGAACUCAGCAUACUAUUGAAGGGUUAUUUGCUCCUUUGUCUACGUGGAACUAUAAUCUGCAACUGACUGUUUACAAAAACAAAUGAAGAAGUCUAUUUCUUUUCCUUUAUAUGUAGAAAUAAUAAUAAUGAAAAAAAAAAGAGAGUUACAUUUCCAUGAGAUGCUUUAAGUAUUGAUUUUAAAACGAUUAAGAAGAAAGGAUUCAACUGAUUAAUAAUUCAAAGUACAAUUCAUCAAUGCAAUCAUGCCUUUAUAUUUCUUGUAGUGUUUUACCACGAGUUAUCAGUCUUCAUCUCAACAUUUAUAGAAAAAAAAAGGCUUUCAAAAAGUAUUAAUAAAGAAAAGGGGACACUUUACACCACCAAAAUCUAGAUAGAAAAUAUUGACUAUUAUGUAGGCAGAGAUUGAGCACAAAGUUUCAAUAACAUUUCUCCCUACACGGCAUCCAGUCAUUGAAAGGAAACAACUUUCCUCAAGUACAUUUCUCCCUUAAGACUGCAAAUGGAUGAAAAAUAAAAUGAAAGGCCUUCUAUAUUUUAGUCAUGAUUUUGUUUUAUUUUUCUUUGCAUCUGUCUUGUAUAAUUAUCUUUAAUUAAGACAAGAAUGACAAGCAAGCAUUUAAUCAGUAAGGAAAACCCAAUAUUAAAAGCUUGAAAACCACAAGGAAAUAAUAAUAAAGAGCAAAAGAAACACCAAUCAAAAGACUUAACUUUAUGGGCGAAAGAUUAAUUAAGGAAACAAAAAUUUAUGGAAGUGGAGAGUGAAGAAAUGCGAGGAGUGAAAUCCUUAACAGAAAAAAAAAAAAAAGAAA